ACUUUAUUAAUAAUGAACAAGACUCACAUGGAUAAAAGACUGAAUCAAUUGCCAACUUGGCUGUGGACUAAUUCCACUACUUUACCACCAAUCUAUAAGAUGGUAUGGGAAGCGGUGAGAGAGGACAAACUCAGAACCAAUGGAAUGCAAACCGAGCUAUUGGUCGAUACAAACAAAGUCUUUCCUUUAUUGCUCACUAGUCAGCUUCCUACGGAAGUCCUUGGACACAUAUGGAAUUUGGCAAAUCAAAAGUAUGCUGGACAACUCACAGAGCAAGAACUAUAUAUUGUUCUUGCUCUUGUUGCUGCAGCACAGGCUUCUUACACGUUCAAUAGCCUAGAUAUAUUACAUCUACUUCCAUUUCCACCUACUCCUUAUUUAAAUAUCGAAUGUUUAAUGAAUCUACAGCCUGUAACUCAGUUAAAUUCUGCAGCUAAGUUUCAAAACCUUCAUGAAAGUUCUGAAAUCGGGUUUAUUAGCUCUGAUGAAAGAUAUUCCUUGGAAGUUAAGGGAAAAAUGAAAUUGCAUCAACAAGGAGUCAUAUCUUCAGACUUAAAUGUGCAAAUGACAAAUAAUGUACCUGGAAAAAUUUCAUGUUUUGAUAAUAAGUCUUAUGUCUCUUCUACUACCAUAUGGGAUUCAACUAAUAUAUCAAAGGAUAUGAAGCAAACUUCUCGCCCUCAAUUAGAUUCUAAACAUCAACCAACAGCAGAUCUGUGUGAUGAUUUUUCUGAAUUUCAAAGUGCUCCAAUUCCUAACAUUCCUAAUAUUCCAAUUUGGGAUACAAAACAGGGCUCAGCCAUUGGAAGUAGACUUGCAAAUCAUAAUUUAGGUAUUAAAAAACCAAUGGAAAAGUCAAAGAAGAAUAAUAUAAAUGCUAAAUCUGCUCAUGGCACUACUCAAACGCGUAUUACAUCUUUACCAUUAACUACAAUGUCUCAGAGUAAAGAUCAAUCAACAUUGAAUUGUUUAUCAGAAUUAUUUCCUAAGUGUGCAAUAAAAAAUCAAUCUAAAACAGUAAUUCUUAAGGAUACAGUGAUAAGAAAUAAUGAUCUGCCCAAGGACCAUAGUGAGAAUGUAAAAGAUUGUACAAGUACAGAAAUUAUAAAUUUACCUAAUGACAAAGAUGUGUUGAAUAAAUUAGAAUGGAUGGAUAAGGUUUCAUCAACAACAAUGGAAUCUACUCAACAGGAUCUUAUGAAUCUACAACUUGUUGAAGAUAAAUAUAGUGCCUUGCGUGCAUUGGUUCAAGAAACAACUGUGUCAACUGAACCAGAGGCAAACGCAAGUUACAGCAAUCAAUCAACUGAUGAAUUUGGAGAAUUUGUGUCUGCAGAACAACCUGCUAAUAAUACUCCUGCCACAAAUGCUUUAGAUACUGACAGUUUUGCCGAUAUUUUUACAGAUUUUGAGUUUAAAUCUACUAACAAUAAUAAUGCAAACGCAGCAGAUUUUAAUCUUAUGCCAGAUAUUUCUGAAUCAUUUGACAAUCUUAAGCUUGAGGAUAAUGUAGAAGAACGCUCCUUAGAGAUAGGGAAAGCUCUUCAGAAGGAAGAUGCCAUAUCAAUUAAUAGUAUAGAAUUCAUGAAUGGUGCAUCAAAUGCAUUAACUCGAUCAGGAUCUGUGCCUAGUUUAGAUCUUAAGUCUUUCUUACCGUCAAAUACUGAAGAUGAGCAAAUAGUAGAUACUACACAUCAGUCAGAAUAUUGGGAAUGGAAGCAAUACAUGGAGAGCUGUGUAUUAUUAUUACAAGUAGCUGCAAAUAUAUUUACAAACAUUAGUUCAGAACUUGUAUUACACGAAGUUUUAAAUUCAGUACAAGGAUACAACUUUCUAUGCAAUUUAGCCGAAGUCGCAGCUGUUUGUAGACGGGUUAAUUUUUCAUAUAAGGAAAUGGAUAUCAAUAUAAUAGGUUUUGAUGAGCUAUUAAUGGAUAUUGAUCGAAUUUGGGCAGAAAUGGAACCAUUUUAUGCAAACAUACCAAUUGUUACGGAAUUACCAGCUUGGCCUUUACAUCAAGGUGAAGCUAUUUGUUGUUCACUUUGUUUAACAGUUAUUACUAGUGGUAGGGUAGUUUAUAAUGAAAAUAAUUAUCACGUUACUUGUGCUAAUCUAUGGCUUAAUUGUGUAAACAAUAAUUUGCCCGCGAUGCGGCAUCCAGUCUGUUCUCAUUCGAAUAUGUGUCCAGGUAACAAUCAUAUUUGAUAUUGAUCUGCAUUAGAAAGAAAAAAGCAGAAACUUGCAUUCGUAAAUUUCUAAUGUACACACAUUAACUUAUUAUAUGAGAAUUUGUAGAAAAUCAGAGCAAACUAACUUUGUAUUUAGCUAUAAUAAUUAGAAAAUCAAACAUUACCAUUUUUUAAAAUUUAUCGAAUAACACGAACAUAAUUUGAAAAAGUGAUGUGGAACGUGUUUAUGAUAAGAGAAAAUGGAUUCCACACAAGUUGUACAUAUUCUUUAAAUUCAAAUGUUUUCAAGAUAUUACUAACUAGUCUGUUUAAAAAUCUGUACAGAUAUUGAGAGAUUUAGAGGAAAUAUUAAUAUAUUGUAAUCUUUUGGAAUUAGAGAAAAUGUAAAGAGUCGCGAGCAAAUCUUACAAAAAUCUUAAUUAUAGUCAAAAAGGUUGAAGGAAUUAGGAGAGAAUUCUUGGAACCUGAACAAAUGUUCAUAUCAAUCAAAUCGAUAUAAUAUUUUCGUGAAAAUCUUAUUAAAAUUCUUAGUGCAAAUACAAGAUAAAUAAUUAGAAUAUUCUAAUAAAUAACAUUAGAAGAAAAUAUGCUAGUAAUAAUACAAAUUUUGAAAUUAUCUUUGGCUUGUAUCACGUGGUCUGUAUGCUAUUCCUCUGCUUUUCAUCUCUCUUAUAACACCUGCUGGCAAUCGUCCCGAUACUGAUAUUGCAUAUACACCUUUGCAAAACCGAUCUGAAAGGAGAACAAAGAUUGAAUCUCACUUAUUUUACAGCAAAUAUUUAUAAUUAUUAGCAAGAGAUUUUGUCCACUUAUUUUGCUUUAAGUUAAAUGAAAAAGACAGCAUGUAAAAAAUUAAUGCAAAAUAUACAUGAAAUUAAAAUAUGUUAAAAUAGAAUCUUGUGUACGCACAUAAGCAUGUUCCUUAAUAAUUAUACAUACUGUCAUACAUAUUAAUGAAAAUUCUGUAUAAAUGUAUAAUAAUAUAUAAUAUUAAGAAUCUCAGAUACACAAACUUAUUAAAUUGCAAUAUAUAUAUACAUACGUAUAUAUAUAUUGCAUUGUUUUAUAUUAGUUGCAUUUUUUGUAUUGAAAUAUUGGCUUAAAAAACUUGUACAAAGUCCUGCCUUUCAAUACAUUUACAAUAUGAUAUAAAACAUGAUAUAGAUUAUUGUUAUUUGCACUGCCAAAAAUAAUUAUUAAAGAGAAAAAAAAAAAAGGAAAGGUUAAUACAUUAGAAAUUUGAAGCAGCAUUAAUAAAAUGUAAGAUGUCAAAAUAAUGUAGAAUAAAGGAUAACAGUUUAUAGUAUGAUUUACUAUGAGAUAAUGUAACAGUUAUAAUUUUGUAAAAGUGUACAAGAAUAAAAUAACGAUAUUUCUCUUGCUUAAUCUUAA